CUCUUAUUGUGAGCAAGACUCGUACCACCUCAUUCCUCUUUUCCUCCUUUCUUUUAUACACUAUCGUUAUCUUCUAUAGUUCUCUUCUCUUACCUCUUCUCCUUCCUCACUCGCUUUAUUAGGGUUAGGGUUUUCACUUCCCACUCUUCCACCCACCACUCUUCUUCUCUCACAGCCGCUCGUCGUCUUUCUUUCUCUCUCUCUCUCUCUUCCCGAUCGGAAAUUAGAGGUUGAAAUAUUGGCUUGGAUUCUUGAAAUUGGUGUUAUUUAUGGUUUUAAUGGAGCAUAGAGGCUAGGAUGUCCAACAAUCUGGUUUCGGAGCCGAUGCCGAGCAUGCAGAUGGCUCAGUUGCAGCCAAUUGUGACCAAAGUAGAUUCUACGGCUGGACAGAUGGAUAUGGGGUUAUUGGCUCCUGUAACUGCUGAUCCUACUCCACAGCAACGCGGAGGUGCAAAUGAUCAUGUUGGAUUGUUGAGAGAUGGGUCUGGUGAUCCCAGGUCUCGGGGCUUAUCGAAUUCGGCUAUGCAGAGUGUUCGAGUAGAAGCACGAAUGAGUAAUAUGGGUCCACAGCAGCUGGUAACAACUCCCAAGCGGAAGGCACCAAUGGAAUUAUCAACUGGUAGCUCUGUGACAUCCAACAAAAGGGUUGCACAAGGGGGAAAUAGACCUUGGUUGCAGCAAGCUUCUAAUCUGUCAAAUAAAGGUUCUGCGCAGAUGCAAUCCCCAUCUAAUGCCUCCCCCCGCCCUCAGCAAUCGGCAGUCUCCAAUAAGAGAAAAGUGCAGAUGACUGAAUCUGUUUCCAGUAAAUCAAGUACGCCACGUUCCUCGAAUUCUAAAAAUCAGAAUACGCAGAUGAAGCAGCCAUCCAAAGUUCAAACAGAAUCUUCUGAAAGUGUUAGGUCCAAGAUGAGAGAGUCAUUAGCUGGUGCUCUGGCCUUGGUUUCUAAGCAAGAUAAACCGACUCAGAACAAUAACACAAUGAAUGAUGCUGCUACUAACGGGAAAUUAGAGAACAGCUCUCAGUGGGAUGGGUCAGCACCUGCACCCAUUGAUAUUGCCCCAGAGCAAAGGCAAGAUAUUUCUGAAUCUGCUCAGCCUUCUUUUUCUGCAGCUGGUUCAGUUGACCAUGCAACAGGAGAGCAGAGAAAUAAUGCAUCUUCUAGUGAAGAUUUUUCUGAAAAAUUCAAGGAUUUUGAAAUGGGAUCUAUAAAUAUAUCAAAUAAUGAAAAUAUACUCGGUUUGAACUGUGAUAAGCAAGACUUCCAGUCAGAUUACACUUUGACUACUGAUGAUGUUCCAUUCAGUGACAGCUUUUUUGUGAAAGAUGAUCUUUUGCAGGGUAAUGGUCUUUCAUGGGUAUUAUCUGAUGUGGUAGGCAUGGACAAUCAAAAGGAAAGUCAAAAUGUUAUAGAGCAGAGACCAGAACCUGAGGAACCAUUACCUGAAGUUUUAGCAUCAAGGAUAGAAGAAGAACUUUUCAAAUUGUUUGGAGGUGUGAAUAAGAAGUACAAAGAGAAGGGGAGGUCUCUCCUAUUCAAUUUGAAGGAUAGAAAUAAUCCAGAACUAAGAGAAAAGGUUAUGUCGGGUGACAUUCGUCCCGAACAAUUGUGUUCCAUGACAGCAGAGGAACUUGCUUCAAAGGAACUCUCCCAAUGGCGGAUAGCCAAGGCUGAAGAGCUUGCUCAAAUGGUGGUUUUACCUGAUUCAGAUGUUGAUAUUAAGAGGUUAGUCAAGAAAACACAUAAAGGUGAGUUUCAGGUGGAAGUUGAACAUGAAGAUAACGUUCCCAUUGAGGAGAUCUCCAGUGGCACCACAUCUUCUAGAAGUCUAACAAGUAGAAAAGGUGGGGAAGCCAGGAGUCAAAAAACUAAAAAAGGUGGGGAGGCCACUUCUUCCAAAUCUGCUGUGGUCAAAGAAAAUAAAAACACGGAUGGUGAGAAAAGCAAUUCAGAGAAGGACAAUGCAUUUUCCAUUACCAUUUCAUCCAACGAUGGGACUGAUCCAAUGCAAGGCCUUAUGACAGAUGAUGCACUGAAGGAUCCUGACUUUCUUCCACCGAUUGUCUCUCUUGAUGAAUUCAUGGAAUCCCUUCAUUCUGAGCCACCAUUUGAAAAUUUACCAAUGGAAUCAGGUAAAGAAGCUCCUGAAUCAAACAAGGACGAUUCUGAGGUUGGAUCUAAAUCAAAAUCUUUGGAUAUAACCCCAAGGGAGCAAGCUGGUGUCACCCCUGAUAAAUCUGAAAAUCUAGAUGCCAAAGAUGAAAAACUGGUUAAUGCAGAAUCUGGGUCUAUUUCUGAUAGACGUUGCAAUGAGAGCGAAGCUGGUGUGAAGCCAACUGAUGAUCAUGCAAAGGAAAGGUUAACGGAUAACAAGAAGAAUGCUUCUGUUGAUGCUGAGCUGAGAACAAGUAAUUUUCAUGCCGAAGAGCGAUAUGGCAAUAAUAGUUUGUAUGCAAAAACUGCAGUACAUACUAAGGGUGAAUGCUUCUGGGACGGAAUGCUUCAACUGAAUAUAUCUACGACUGAUUCAGUAAUAAGCAUAUUUAAAAGUGGUGAGAAAACUACUGCAAAAGACUGGCCUGGUUUUCUUGAGAUCAAGGGAAGGGUUCGACUUGAAGCAUUUGAGAAAUUUUUGCAAGAGCUUCCUCAGUCAAGAAGUCGUGCUAUAAUGGUCGUACACUUUGUUUCGAAAGGGUCUUCACCCAGCCAGCAAUCAACACUUCGUGAGGUGGCUGAAUCUUAUAUUACGGAUGAGAGAGUGGGAUUUGCUGAGCCUGUGUCUGGAGUUGAACUUUACUUUUGCCCACCUCAUAACAAAACAGUUGAAAUGCUGAGCAAGAUACUUCCAAAGGAACAAAUUGAGGCAGUUAAUUCUAUUGAUAAUGGCCUAAUUGGUAUUAUUGUAUGGAGAAAAACUAAUUUAACUUCGUCAACAAUUUCACCCACCGCUUCAUCACAACACAAACAUAGUAGUAGUAGCUCUAAAAGGCAACAAUACUUCUCUAGGAGACAGCAAGAUGGUAGUAGUAAUUUGAAUGUGAAUGUUGCUAAUCCCUCUAAUCCACCACCGAAUGGUGUUGAUGAUGAUGAUGAUGAUGACAUUCCUCCUGGGUUUGGGCCUCACCAGGCCCGGCCCGAGGAUGACCUACCCGAGUUCAGUUUCAUGGGUGGUCCAAACACAUCAUCACACAUGGUCCAAAGACCUAGGGGACCACCAGGUAUGGUUCCAUUCCAAAUGGUUAACCAGGCCCCAUCACGCCCUGUUGAUCAAAUGAGGGAGCUUGUGCACAAAUAUGGUCAAAGCAAAGUAAAUUCACAUCAUUCAGGAAAUUGGCAAGACAAAUUUGGUGGUUCAAUCCAACCUUGGAAUGAUGAUGAUGAUGAUAUACCUGAAUGGCAGCCGCAAAACUCACAACAGAACCACCAGUUCCCACCACCACCACCACCUCAAUUGGCAUUGCACCAACAAAACUUUCACCUUAGACCUCACUUGAUGAAUCAAUCAUUCCCAGGUUCACCUACUUUGCCAACACCACCACAUCUUCAACCACCUAUGAAUGUGACACAUGGCCAAAGAAAUAUUGGUCCAAAUUGGGUUCCUCCUAACCAGGGAAACAACCACCUGCAACCAAGUGGUGGACAGCACUAUGGUGCUCCUAUGCAAGGCACGUGGCCUGAAAAUGUUACUAGAAGUAGGGGAUUUUAGUUUGUUUUAGCAUAUAGGUUAGGUUAGCUCCUUUGUAAGCUUAUGUGAAACCUUUUUUUUUCUUUUACUUUUGUAGCAUCUUUUUCUUUACCAUGUGGAGCAAACAAAUGGCUAUAUUUUAUCUUUUUUCAUGUUUAAGAUAGCCAAGUGUAGGUGAUCUGGUGAAUAAUAUGAUGCUGUAAACAUAUUGCAUGCGCCUGUUCCUGAUACCAUGAUUUGCAUUUGGUUC